AUGCGUUUCUUGUGUUUACAUGGAAAAGGGACCAAUUCCCGCAUCUUCAAACAGCAGACUGCUGCCCUGCGCUAUGAACUUGGAGAGAGUCACAGCUACGACUUUGUCGAUGGACCUCACGUUUGGGAGAUGAAUCCAGAUCUGGAUGAGUUUGUAAUGGGCGAGGAAAAUACCUUUGCUAUUUGCGAUCCAGCGUCGCCAUCCUCCUGCCUGGAAGCGAUGGAGAACAUCGAGCGUUACAUCGCAGCUGAGGGACCUUUCGACGGCAUCAUGACAUUCAGUCAGGGCACCAGCAUCGCCCUUGGCUGGUUGAUCAAGAGGCAACUGGAGGCCAAAGGUGGCAAACCUUGGAAAUUGCCGUUCAAGAUUGGAGUCUUUUUUUCAAACCCUUGGGGAGUGUACGAUGGCCAGGCGCUUGAGCAGGGCCAGAUUGCUUAUAUGUAUUCCCCAACCUUUGAGGGCCUGCUGGACUUUCCCACUGCGCAUAUCUGGGGCUCGGCAGACAAAGAUCAGGCAAUGGCGGAAAUGCUCAGUAACUCCUGUGUGGCAGAGAAACGAUCAGUCUGCGUUCAUACUCGGGGGCAUGAGAUUCCGGCUGAUAUCAAUACAGUAAUUUCGAUGGCCAAGACGAUCAAUCGGGCGAUUGUACGGGCUGAGUCAAUGGAAUCAUCAUAA